AUGACAGACCGACGACGCAUCAACCCCCCACCAGGCGGCACCCACCCCCCCAUAUUCGCCUCCACCCUCUCCACCCCCUCCGCCCUCCGCCCUCAGCGUCCCACACGCACGCGCCAACCCUCCGAGCUCCGCAAAAUCUUCCUCCAAACCUCGCUCGUGCCCUCCGCCUCUGGGUCCGCGUAUCUGGAGCUCUCGCCCUCCUCUCCGCCCUCUGCACCUCCAUCGUCGGCCGCCUACAACCCCUCGGCCCUCAAACUCACCUGCACCAUCCACGGCCCACACCCCCUCCCGCGCUCCGCGCCCUACACGCCACACCUGCACCUCAGCACGACGCUCAAGUUCGCACCUUUCGCGACCCGCCAGCGCCGGGGGUAUAUCAGGGACGCGGCGGAGCGCGACCUUGCCGCGCACCUUGAGACCGCGCUUAGGGGCGUGGUGAUUGGGGAGCGCUGGCCGAAGAGCGGGGUCGAUGUUGUGGUGACGGUGCUGGAGGGGGAGGAGGAUGGGUGGUGGGGUGAUGAUGUUGGGGGUGGGGAAGGAGCAGGAGGUGGGGGAAAGGGGAUUGGGGGUGGGUGGGGCCUCAUGAGUGUACUGGCGGGUGCGAUUACGUGCGCGAGUGCGGCGAUGGCGGAUGCGGGGAUUGAUUGCGUGGAUUUGGUGGCGGGGGGUGUUGCUGGGGUUGUGGUGGAGGCGGGAAGGACUACGAAGGGCAAGGGGAAGAGUGGGGAAGCAGGGCUGGGAACGGUGGUGCUGGAUCCGUGCCCGGCGGAGCAUGAGGAGGUCAGGGCAGCGGCCGUGGUGGGGUAUCUGGCUGGAAGGGACGAGAUCACGGAACUGUGGGUCAAGGGCGAUGUUGGAGCGGAUGCGGAGAUAUUGAUCGAGAAGGCUGUCGAGGCAGCCGUUUCGAGUAGGACGGUGCUCGUUGAAGCGGUGAGGGAGGCUGCGCAGGCCAAAUUCAUACAGCCUGCGGAGAAUGGGGCGGCAGUUGGCAGCAAGAAAGGAGCAGGGUCCGCGACCGCUGACGUGGUGAUGUCUGGAUGA